AUGAAACCAACCAGCAUCCUCCUCACCCUCCUCUCCUCCCUGACCCUCGCCACCGCCGAACUCUCCUACUACUGCCCCAUGGCGCGCGACAAGACCAACAUGAUCCAGAAAGCGUACUGCUGCGACACGCUGUCCCCGGCCCCGCACACGGACCUGGCCGUUGUGUCGGAUGAUUCCUCCUCUGUGCUUCGGCCCUUAAUCUGGAUUUCCUGGUUUGAGCGGGUGGCUGAUGAGACGGAUGGAACAUAG